AUCCUGUAAGCCCUCCUCUCCCUCAAGAAACAACACCAUAACGUAGCCCGCAACAUGAGAACAUGGGAGCAUGGAAACUGCUGCUUGGGUUUGAGGAUAAGGAUAACGCCAACGUAAUGUAAACGGGUUAAGCUUUAAUUUCAACUAAACGUCAGCCACAACGUCAGUCGACAUCGUUACUCAAACCAUGAAUGUUGUUCGCUGUGUUUGAAGCCAUCCUUACGCGAUACAACAUACCACAGAAAGUUCGUUUUUCGUUAUCAUUAUCCUCCAGUGAGACCUAGUACAUACAAAGACAUACAAAACGCCCGAAGUGAAUCUAUGAAAAGUGUGGACAGAAGCUCCAUCCAGUAUCCUGGAGUGUGUGAAUAAGUGAAACUUUUUUUUUCGAUAGCGCAGGUAGAACUAUAUGUGAAUUGUCUAAAUCUUCUGAAAUUAAAAAAUGGGUAAUACACUUCGAGACACAUCAUCGAGGAAGUAAUGGUGUUGAAACCUAAUACCAUUACAAAAUAUAUAGGAUGUCCUAAUCAAAAUCGAUGCUCAACGGUUCAUUGAUCGACUGUACAUCUAUAGAACCUUUUUUCCACAUGACUGAAUUAACUCUCCUCACAUGCUUGGCCUUUGCCUUUGCCAAGAGUAGUCAGGAUUCAUUGAAUUUUUCGAUCGAUAGACUAUUAAUAAAUAUAGACGUAUCGACAAAAUACCACACCAGAAAUAAGAGCUAACUUUUAUGUAAGUAACAUCAAAGCCCCUGCUUUGCAAGUAAAAUUUACUUUUUUGUUAUUAUUAGUUGUUAGAUAUUAUAAAAUUAUCAUGAACAAUUGUACUCUAAUAUGUAGCAAGUCUAGCAAUUAAAAUGAUGUAUAUGUUUGUAAAUCUUGUAUAUGUGUGUAUAUAUAUGUGUGUAUCAAAUAUUCUGUUUAUAUAUUUUUACUGUAUGUACUUCCAAUGUUUUACUCAUUACAUCCAGAAAGCGUGUUGCUGCGUUGGACUCUAUCUCAUACCAAAUUUGCCACUACCCGUUGUUCUGUUCGAUGGCCGUGUUUAUUUGUUUAUUGUUUAUUAAUUGAAUGUGCUGUGGUCGUUUUCAUGUGACAUUAUUAUCUUCCAUCGAGUCAAUCUCGUGGGCACAAGCUAUGGUGUCAGCUUUAGGGGGGGCUGAUCAAAAGAGUCGUGCUCAGCUGACAAUGUGGUAAGAGAAGGUGAUCUGCUCGUAACUGCUCGGGGAGUACGAGGAAUUUACAAAAGCGUAUCCUCGCGCCUUCAUCGGCUUCGCUCUUGUGGUUUCGUUUUUUAUUCUUGUUUGCGUUAUUUACGAAUUAAUUGUAAAGGGUUUUUUUUUUCAAACAUGGAAUCAGUAUUAUCCAAUCCCAGCAAUAUUAAAAUAAAUGUUCCUCCAAACAAACACCAAUCCAAAAACUGUGCGAAAAUUGUUUUAGUUGAAUGUGGUAGAGAAGUUUUAUAUUAUCAAAGUACCGUUUGCUAUGUUAGCUUUAUAGUGAGCUCUAUUAGUUACUUGUCCGCGAGCUAGACUACAUGUUUCAUAUUGCGAAUUGCCAAUUAUUAAAAAAAAUAUUUACAUUUUACAAAGCUUUGGUUUUUAUAGUUAUCUUAUUUUGUAUACGCCUUCUAAUGCACAGCGCAACCGCGAUUGCAAACACCAUUUUGACAACGAUUGUGACAAUUGCAGUUGCGCUCAAUUUGGGCACAAUGAUUUUGCAAUUUUUUGGAAUUGGAAAGUUUUGGGUAAAAAACUAUUUUAUAAAAACUUUUCAAUUGCUUUUGUCUGAAACUUUCUUUUUUUUGUCAUUCUCGUACUACUGGUAUAUAAAAGUGUGUCAUCUGUUUUACCCAUGGCUGCCAAAUAUUACUUUCCUUUGCGUAGGUAAUUGAUGGAUCCUUUAGUAAUUCCAGAAAAAUGUAUUUAGAAAUAUGGUUUGUUUUGUUUCUGCUUAACAUUUAACUGUAUCAUAAUGAUGUUUGUUUGAAAUUUAUUUUACGAUUUUUCUAUACAAUUCGCAGCAGGUUACCAACAAGAUUAACUAAAGUGGCGGUGAAUGAUGAGUAAUGCAAGCGAAGUUCCUUGGGAGUUUCUGCAACUGACAGCAUUGACGAAUAUAUCCUUCUAUAAUGUGUCUCAUGGUUCGGUGGAAUUCAGCAUAAACUGUGGUUCAGUUGUACCGAAUUUUUCCAAUUACAUAGUUUCGCUUCCAAAUGACAAAGCUGGCCUGCUGACCUUCUUGUUACUAUUCUCGUUUACUACUGUGUUUGGUAACUCACUAGUUAUAUUAGCUGUUAUUCGUGAGCGGUAUCUUCAUACGGCUACCAAUUACUUUGUUACCAGCCUGGCAGUGGCGGACUGUUUAGUAGGAUUAGUAGUGAUGCCCUUUUCUGCAUUGUACGAGGUACUACAAAAUACUUGGUUCUUUGGCACGGACUGGUGUGACAUAUGGCGAUCGCUUGACGUUCUGUUUAGCACUGCAUCAAUUCUGAACCUGUGCGUCAUUUCGCUCGACCGAUACUGGGCAAUCACGGAUUCAUUUUCCUAUCCAAUGAAAAUGACGCGCCAAAAAGCGGUAGUACUGAUAGCAGCAGUUUGGAUCUGUUCUAGCGCGAUCAGUUUCCCGGCGAUUUUAUGGUGGAGAGCAGUUCGCGAGACAGAUAUGCUACCGUUUAAAUGCACAUUCACCGAGCACCUUGGUUACCUUGUAUUUUCAUCCAUCAUUUCGUUUUACCUACCAUUAAUAGUUAUGGUAUUUACAUACUGCCGAAUAUAUCGAGCGGCCGCCGUUCAAACACGCUCACUAAAACUUGGCACUAAACAAGUCUUAAUGGCAUCUGGUGAACUUCAGCUCACGUUACGAAUACAUCGUGGUGGAACCACUCGUGAGCGACUAAAUCAUCCGCGGUUGGCUGCUUCCGAACACUACCAGCAGUUCCAACAUCUGGAUCAAUUGCAACCUAAUACUCAGCCGUCGUUGUCAACUCAGCAUCAAUUUCCGCUCAAAAAACUUCAUCAGCUGCAGACAACCAACUCUACCCCAGACGAUCCCGAUGAAGAACCGUUAUCAGCGCUAGAGAACAACGGUAUCGGAGGGCGACAUCGCGUUCAUAUGGGAAAACAUUUUUCACUGUCCCGGAAGCUUACAAAAUUUGCCAAAGAGAAGAAAGCUGCCAAAACUCUAGGAAUCGUAAUGGGAGUUUUCAUCGUCUGUUGGAUGCCAUUUUUUGUCGUAAAUUUGUUAUCUGGCUUUUGUAUGGACUGCAUUGCACACGAAGAAAUAGUAUCAGCAGUAGUAACCUGGUUAGGCUGGAUCAACUCAGGCAUGAAUCCAGUUAUCUAUGCCUGCUGGAGUCGGGAUUUUCGAAGGGCAUUUCUGCGUAUUUUGUGUGUUUGCUGCCCACGAAAAUUAAGACUCAAGUACCAGCCGACAAGGCGUUCGAUAGCAUCGCAGAGAUUGGCUUCGAGACGAUGCUACUCCACCUGCUCACUUCAUGGGAUACAGCAAGUGCGGCAAAACUCAUGUGAACAGACACAUAUUUAGUUUUCACCAAUACGACAGGAUGACCGUACGAGCCUUUUAGCAGUUUCUUAUGUUUCUCAGUUCAGUUUCUAUGCUGUGUUCUUAUGAGUGACUUAAAAUCUCUAUUUGCCGUUGAUUGCUGGAAAGAACUGAAGACUCAGACUGGAAGCCCUUCGAUUUUUUCAACAAUACGUACAAAUCUAAUGUAAAGAAAAAUAAUGCCCAAGAAAGAGAUUCCAAGUCCAUCGCAACAAAGUACUUUUAUUGUGCCAUUGUGUCAGUGCUAUCAGUAGGUUGUGUAGUUGUAAGUUUCGUUUUAUGUCAAAAUAGAGCACGAAUAUAUAAUAAAACCUGUAA